AAAACAAUAAAUUGGGGAUCUAGGGUUUCAAUCUCACAAUCUCACCCUCGAUUGAACUUUCCUUCUGUUUUAAUUUGCUUUUACUCAUUUUAAUUCCUUCCUCUACUCAUUUCAAUUCCUUCCAGACUUGAUUUCUUUCCCUCUAUUUUGAUUAAAGUUUAAAGUGAUUUAGGCCAUAGAGAUGUAUCUUCAUCAGGAUUGCGAUGCUGGGGAACUCUCCAUAGAAGAGAUUGAUUUGGAAAUGCAAGGCAAUUUGGCGUUGGAUCUUGAUUCUGAUUCGAAUUUGGACAUGGAUAAUCCAAACUCUUACUGGAGGAGCAAGUUGGAGAAGUUCGUUAGACCGGGUGUGGAGAAAGGAAAAAGAAAAAAAGGUAUGCAUAUCUGUUUCAUUUUUGGCUCUGUUUGAAUCAGUGUUGUUACCUUUUUUGUUGGGCUGAGUGUAUGCUUGAUUUUGUUUGAAUCAGUGGUUUUUCCAUUUUUGUUGGGUUGAGUAUAUGCUUGGUUCUGUUUGAAUCAGUGGUUUUCCCUUUUUUGUUAAGUUGAUUGUGUGCCAAUAACAAGGUCAGAGAGCC